ACGCUCCACACUACAAGCUACACGCCACGAUUACCCGACGGCGAGCUACUCGUCCACUGCUGCAGCUCUUGCCUAAAAUUAUUCCACGGGAACACUAGAUCGCCAGAAGACGUCGGCCUGCUUCGCAUCAUGUUCAAGAAGAAGCCCAAUAUCAAACCCCUCAGUCCGCUCAAGUCGUCAGAGCGCCGUAGGACUGCCGAUCAGAUCAUAGCUGACUUCCAGAUUCCUCUACCCGUCGAGACGACCGCGGAUCCAGAAGACAAGGCCGCCUCCACUGCUGGCCUCACCGCUCUCCGGAGGUCAUUACUGCCCGAGAACGCGCUUUCAGCACGGUUCACGACGACCGCUGGGCCUGACCUCAAGCAAGUCUCGGGCACGGUAUAUGUUGGUAGUCAUGAAGGGACCGGAGAAGAGCAAAGGAUACUGUGGGCCAAGGUUGGCGAGAAGAUGUAUCCGACUGUAUACACACUCUGGCACAAUCCGGGCAUCAUACCGCUCCUGUACACACCAUCUUUCGUAGUUGAGAAGCUUCAAGGCGGUGCGGACCUUAUGACUCCGGGGCUGCAACGAGGCCCGCCUUUCCCAAAGAGGGCGACUAAGGGCGCAGUAGUUGCGAUCGCAAGCUUGGAGCGCCCCACUGUACCCAUGGCGGUCGGCUCAUGCGAGAUCGAUGUCAGCUCUCUGGGAACCGUCCAGGGCAUGAAGGGCCAUGCUGUGUCGACAUUCCAUUGGACUGGCGACGAGUUGUGGUCAUGGAAUCCAAGUGGUAAACCGGGCUCCGAACCGCCAGCUGCCUUGCAGGGGUGGGACGAUGAAGCCGACGACACGGCCUUAGCAACGCAGACUGCCGGCAUAGAUCUCCAAGACGACCAGGAAGGCGGCGUUGCACUAACUGCAGAUCCUACCGAGCGAUCAGAGGCUGAGAAGGCACAGGGAAUCGAAGGCGAGGAUGCCCCGUCGCUGAAAGAUGCAGUGGAUAUUGUGGAUGAUCAGGAGUUAUCCCCCAAAGAGAUCGAUGACGCAUUCCGAGAUGCGUUCCUCUUCGGCGUACGCUAUCACAUGGAUCAUAACCGGAAUCACCCCAACUUUGGUCUUGACUUUCCGCUCUCACAAUCCAAGGUCAUGUCACUCUUGGUCCAGCCGUUUCUACCGACCUAUACACCUGCGAGAACGGCGUCUUUACAGAUCAAGAAAACUAGCUGGAAGAACAUUCGGAAGUUCAUAAAGUACUUGGACAAGCAGCAGAUCCUCAAGUCCAAAGAGCAAAAUGGCAACGAAACAGUAGUCAUGGAUAUUGACUUCACUGAUAGGCAUAUCGAGGCUUUCGUGCCAUAUCGGUUGCCGAAGAAAGACGCGCCGACAUCAUCAGGCACCAACGGUAAGCCCCCGGCGUCGUUGUCCGCCGAGUCGUCCGUGGGACAAAAGCUCAAGCUCGUGUUCCUGCUACGACCGAAAGAAAAACUUGCACCGAUAUUCCACGUCACGAAAGCGGAUCCUCGCGGAUUAUAUACGCCUGCAGAACUGAAGCAGGUCUUGAUAGCCUACAUAGAGGCCGAGAAUCUUGUCUCCGAGAAGAACAAGCGCCUUAUCAAGAUCAACCCACAGCUUGCAGACGCGUUGCUUGGUUCUUCGGCUGCAGACAACGCUGCGCUCGCAUCUGGUGCGAUUCCUCGCGACGCGCUUGCUGAUCGCAUGGUUGCAGCUGCAUCGCCGUUCCACACAAUUCUCCGGAACAGUGAGGAUAUUGCUGAUUCCAAGCCAAAAGCCGGCGCACCACCGAAGAUCCAAAUUCUGAUCGAGACCAGAAGUGGAAACAAGACGGUGACCAAAGUAAGCGGUGUCGAACCUUAUCACAUCGCACCGCAACCACUUGCGGAUGAGCUACGAAAGACGUGUGCAGGCAGCACGAGUGUAGACCGACUGCAGGGCAGCAGUCCGAAGAACCCAGUGAUGGAGGUGAUGGUGCAGGGACCGCAGAAGGAUGCCAUCAUCAAGGCACUUGAGAAGCGCGGCGUCAACAAGAACUGGAUUGAAAUAGUGGAUAAGACGAAGAAAAAGCGAUGAGCCUGAACAGCGCGCAGCUCAUGCAAAGCAAGAGGUGCAGUAGCCACAACAGAUCGUACUCGCAGAGCAACGCAGCCUAGCGCGCGCGGCGAGCGUAAAAGAUGGGCAGAUGCGCCAUGAGUCAAAUCUCGAAAGAUAUUAAGCGUGCACUUUUCGGUGUCCAUAAUAUACGCCAAGAUGCCGGCGGAAACCACGUUGUGUGAUGGGUAUGUAGGUUCCGCGCGUCUGCGCUGCGAGCUCCGAAGCGAAGUGAACUGGCCACGUUCACCGCUCAGACAAAGUACUAAUCCCAGGCGAAUUCUAAGGUUCAGUCGGUGUCACAUGAGAUUUUUCCUGCAUCAUGUCUUCGUGCCCAAUCACACCCUGGAUGCUGCAGUUUCAGUGCGAAUGUAGGGUUGAGAGGCG